AAGUUCACCACAGUCGCAUCAGUUCCAGAAACAACACUUGAGUUAUGGGAGAAAAUCCAAAUCUGUCGGUUUCUGUUCUAGACAGCAAAGCUGCAUAUGUGCUUAGCAAUGUGGCUGAAGUGGUGGAGAGAAUUCUCACAUUUGUACCAACCAAGUCAUUACUACAAAGCGCAAGUGUGUGUAGAUUAUGGAGGACCUGUGCUCGUCGAGUACUGAGAACUCAGCAGGAUGUGUCCUGGGUGUCCGCCUGUGGACCGUGUAACUCGGCAGUCCAUGCUCUCUUCAGCGCUCUCAGCGAGGAAGUGGAGAAUGUGUUUCUACUGCCCAAAACCGUCUUGGCCAUUGUGGACUGCGAGACAUUCAACGGACAAGAUUUGUGUUAUAGAAAUACAGCAAAAAGAAGCCGUCAUGGCUCUGACCCAGUUGAGGAUGUAAAUCUACUCUUUCCCAAAAGCUGUGAUAUCAUGGGAAUUGCCAGCCCCGGCAUUGUCUUAACUCCACACAGUUCCCCUAUGGCACCUCCUAAAGAAUAUCAGGAAGGAGAGGCAGGCUUUGCAGUUAUGUUUCCCAGCAUUGACGGAGUUCAAAUCAAGCCUUUUCAUUUUUGCAAAAAAAACAUCUCUUCUACAGCCAUGAAAGAAGCAGGACUAAUCGAUAACCCAGAUCUUCGUGUGGUUCUACUGUUUGUCUAUGAGGCAUAUAAAUGUGGAGGAGCACGUUUUCUAAAUCAGAUCCUGGGGCCAUUGGCGGAGACCAAAGCUCUUGUAGCAGGGGGUCUUGUGGAAAGCGUAUUCUCUCCUCCCAGACAUUGCUGCAACCAGGGAGCAUAUGGUGUAGUGGGGCUUACUUUGAGUGGCUCAAAGGUGCAGGGGGCCUCUGUGCUCUUGGAUCAGGACGUCAGCACCCCGCAAUCAGCUGAGGUUACCAUUCGACGGCUUAAAGCGGCAAACAUUCCAGAGAAAAACACCAUUGGCUUCAUGUUUGCCUGUUUGGGAAGAGGUCAGAGUUACUACAAUAACCAGAGCAACGUGGAAGCAGAUGCCUUUCAUAAAGUAUUUCCUAGUACUCCACUUUUUGGCCUGUUUGGCAAUGGAGAAAUUGGUUGUGACCGGAUUAUUAAGGAUGACUACACGUUGUGUGACACUGACUCAGAAGGACUUCAGCAUGAGUACACAACAGUCAUGACAUUGGUCCAUCUAGGUUAGCAGGCUAGCAACUGUGAAACUGAAAAUUAAAAAAAAAAAAACUUAUCCUUUGAAUGUAGCUGCCAAGGUUUCUUCUGACCAAUCAGGAGAGUCACAUUCAUGGUAGCACUUUCAUGACAUGGACCAAGAUGUAAUUAUAGUGGAGCUGGAGAACUUGUCAACGGGUAUCGUAUACAAAUACCUUAUUUGACACACAAAUGUAUAUAGUACUAUGUUGAUUCUUUGUAGUGAUUCCCAAAACAUAUACAACCUGGUUUGGUACAUACCCAAAGUAAAAUAAACCCAAAACAAGCACUUUUAAUUAGGUUAAUUAGGCCCUAAUGCAAUGUGACUAUACUUGUUCCUCAAAAUCAAGAUGUCUUGAUUAAAAUUUUGUACAUUUUUACACAUUUUUUUUACCACUGAAACAGACAACACCGUGAUGGCCUAAAACUGAUUACGGUACUGCAAUUUCUGUAAGAAUCGUGCAGUGCCUAGAUUUUGUUCACCCUAUCAAAUGCAGCACAACAGUGGUACUUUAGCUUUUAAGUAUGAAUGAGCAUGGUCUUCGGUCUCAGUGGCUUGUAAUUUGUAUUUUUGGCAAACUUGGAGUCAUCCAAAUCUGUCUUGUCUAGAUGAUAACUUUUUUACAUAUACUUUUGGUAUCCCUGGUCAUGGCAAAAACUAGUAAUAAUCAAGUGUAAAUGUUAAAACCAAUACUGAAGAUAAUUGUCUUUGCAUAUUAUUAAGCAAAUCAAAUCAAAUUUUAGUUUAGGGGGUCCUGUAAUAAUAUGCCUGUAGUUUACUACUUUUCAUUAACUGGCCUUUUUAUGAAGACUACAAGCAAUUCUUGUGUAUUAUCCAUUCUUAGUGUGUAUGUAACCCUCUGAAACAAAUGUGUCUGGUAUCAAUGCACUUUAAGAAUGUGCCAAAUCAUAUGCAAUUUAUCCCAUAAUUUCAGUUUUAUUAAAUCGCAAUUGUCCAGUUGGCUAAA